AAAAGGCACAGGUGCCUAGGAGGUGUGUCAACUUACAUCUCACACUCUAGAUAGAGGGCCUUUUGUCUUUCUGCGCUGGCAACUGUCUCAUGAGGGUGCUUCUCUGCUGCUGCCUUGAUGCUUCCCUCAUUGAACAGAAGCCCCGGAUACAGCACACUACUAGCUACUGUUGUUAGUGCGAAGGACCGUUCGUUGUGCUGGUGGAACUAACUAACGUUGGCAGUGGCAGUGACCACCGAAUCAUGAUUGUGGAAACGAUAUCACUUGUUGGACUUCGUUAAAAUCGGUUGUGCAGAGCUGCCAUCUCAUACGGUGCGAAGAAUGUGUACCUCAGCUGUAUGACCCCCUCAAGACCCGUUUGGCUCUCCUCCCAGUGGCCUGGAGUGAGGGCCCUGCCGCCAUCCCGCCACCGCAGCAGGGGCCUCCAGUUCAGCAUCCAGCCCGCCGAUGGAGCGCUUCCACUGGGUUCGCCACCGAUGGCAGCACCUGGUGGGUCUAGACCCUGGGAGGGGCUGGUACGCUCCAGCCGCUCCCCUGUCCACCAAGAGUCCACUGGACACCCAAGACGCUCAUCGUCUGACUGGGGGGAAGAGUCGGACUGUGGUGGCUCACUGUGGCCCCCACCUGUCUGUGCAUCGCAGCACCUGCAAGGGUUACCAUGGAAACCGCAUCAGCACCACCAAGUACAGCCUGCUCAGCUUCAUCCCCAAGAAUUUGUUUGAGCAGUUUCACCGGGCAGCCAACCUGUACUUCCUCUUCCUGGUGCUGUUGAACUGGGUUCCGGUGGUGGAGGCCUUCCAGAAGGAGAUCACCAUGAUCCCCCUGGCCGUGGUCCUCACCGCCAUCGCCAUCAAGGACGCGCUGGAGGACUACCGACGCUACCGCUACGACCAGAAGAUCAACAACAACGUCACCACCGUCUACUGCGGGAAGCAGCACAAGUAUGUGGACCGGCGCUGGGCCGACGUGUGCGUGGGGGACAUGGUGCGACUGUGCUGCAACGAGAUCAUCCCGGCGGAUAUGGUGCUGCUGCACUCGUCGGACCCCAAAGGAGUGUGCUUCAUCGAGACGGCCAACCUGGACGGGGAAACCAACCUCAAGCAGAGGCAGGUGGUGCGGGACCUGCCCCAGGAGGGCUCAGAGUUCAACGCGGAAACCUUCAGUAGUCGCCUUGAAUGUGAAAAUCCCAACAAUAACCUCAGACGCUUCCGAGGAUACAUGGAGCAUCCGAACAGGACCCGUGUGGGCCUCCACAGUGAUAACCUGCUGCUCAGGAGCUGCACCGUGAGGAACACAGAGACUGUUGUGGGCAUCGUGGUCUAUGCUGGCCAUGAGACGAAGGCGAUGCAGAACAACAGCGGUCCUCGCUACAAGCGCAGCAAGCUGGAGCGCCGGCUGAAUGUGGACGUACUGUGGAGCGUGGUCAUCCUGCUGCUCAUGUGUCUCAUCACUGCCAUCGGUCAUGGCUUGUGGUUGAGUAGUCUGAAGGAUCCGAUCUUCCUGAUCCCCGGGGACCCUCCUCCUGCUCUGGCUGGCUUCUACAUGUUCUGGACAAUGAUCAUUGUCCUGCAGGUUCUGAUCCCCAUCUCCCUGUACGUGUCCAUCGAGAUCGUGAAGCUGUGCCAGAUCUACUUCAUCCAGAACGACCUGGAGCUGUACAGCGAGCGGCUGGACACGGCCGUGCAGUGCCGCGCCCUCAACAUCACCGAGGACCUGGGCCAGAUCCAGUACGUCUUCUCCGACAAGACCGGCACGCUCACCGAGAACCGCAUGCUGUUCCGACGCUGCACCAUCUCGGGAACUGAAUACCCGCAUCACGAGAACGCCCAGUCUCAGGAGAUGUACGAGGAGCAGGCCGGGGCCGGCGGUGCGGAGGGGGGCGUGGUUAGCGGUUCGCACACGCUCCGUUCCCGCAGCAGUCGUCGCUCUCUCUCCUGCCGCUCCCUCAGCUGCAACCGCUCGCCCUCCGUCUCCCUCAACACGCUGGCCUGCGACGACGAAGACGAGGACAAUGACGCCCACGACGACAUGCACCCUACGCUGGGCCGAGGGGCCUACAGCAGCGCCAUGGAGUGUCUGGUGGUACCCGACCCCCUGCUGCAGCUGAAGCUGGGAGGUCUCACCGCCCCCCUGGCGCCCCCCCUUAAGCAGGACGCGGCCGAGCUCUCCACCAUCCUGGACUUCUUCCUGGCGCUGGCCGUCUGUAACACUGUGGUAGUGUCCUCCCCCACGCAGCCGCGACACAUGGUGCAGCUGCCGGCGGCCCGUACCCCCCUGCGCUCGCUGGAGGAGAUGAAGUUGAUGCUCCAGAAGCUGAGCCUGCCGCGCUUCACCCUCUCCCCCACCUCCAGCAGCCCCAGCCAGGCAGCCAACGCCACCGCCGCUGCAACAGCCCUGCCCGCCACCCCUCCUCCUCCACAGCAGCAGCCCAGCUUCACCCGCCGCUUCUUCGCCCGGGGCCGCUCGGCCACCUACACCCCCAACACGCCUCCGGACACCCGACGCACCAACACUCCCGAGCCCGGCGGCGGUGGCAGCAGCACCCCGGGAGCCACACCCGGCAACCUCACUCCAGCCCAGACGGGCACCCCGUCCCCCUGCCCCUCGCCCUCACCAUCACCAUCCCCAUCCCCUUCUUACCUCAAGCCCCCCACCACCAACAACAAUACAGCACUUGGAGCCUGUGCCAUCAAUAUGUCUGCUAGUUUGGAAAACUUUUUCAAUAGUGACAGUGACACUGUGUUUAAUGCCAUUGGUGCAGUCAGUAAUGACAAUGAUGAUGCGGAUAAGAAGCAGCGGUAUAAGGAGGAUGUUGAAGAUGAAGAGGAGGAGGAGGAGGAGGAUGAUGGGAGCAGCGAUGAAGGGGAGCAGCUGCUGUACGAGGCGGAGAGUCCAGAUGAGGCGGCGCUGGUGCAGGCGGCCAAGGCCUACGGCUUCACCCUGCUGGGACGCUCUCCCGAACAGCUGCUAGUCUCGCUGCCGGGAACCGGGCCCCUCCAGGUGCCCCUGCUGCACGUGCUGCCCUUCCACUCGGCUCGUAAGCUGAUGUCCGUCAUGGUGCGCCACCCCCUCACCGGACACGUGGUGCUCUACACCAAGGGGGCCGACAGCGUCGUCAUGGACCUGGCGCACUCAGAUGCAGCUGGUGGAGACAAAGUGAGCCAUCAGCAGGCCCCCAUCAGGGAGCAGACCCAGCGGCACCUGGAUCAGUAUGCCAGAGAGGGCCUCCGCACACUCUGUGUGGCCAAGAAGGUGCUGGAGGAGGCGGAAUAUGAGGCGUGGCUAAAGAAGCACGUGCUGGCCGAGACCAGCAUUGAGAACCGAGAGGAACUGCUGCUAGAGUCGGCACAGAGGAUCGAGAACAACCUGACACUACUGGGGGCGACGGGCAUCAUGGACCGUCUGCAGGAGGAGGUGCCGGAGACCAUCGAGGCGCUGCAGAAGGCGGGCAUCAAAGUAUGGGUGCUGACGGGGGACAAACAGGAGACAGCCGUCAACAUCGCCUGUGCUUGCCGCCUGCUCCGGCCCACCGACCGGCUGUUGACUGCCAACUGUGACAGCAAGGAGGCCUGUGAGAUCCUGAUGGCAGAGCUGACCGACGAGAUCAGCCGCUGUGAGCAGCAGCAGCAGCAGCAUCCUACCAAAACAAGCGACUGUGUCAGCGGUGACUACACCAAUGGCGUGACGGCGGAGGCGGUGUCGGGCUUCACGCUGGUGAUUGACGGGCGGACGCUGGACUGGGCUCUGCAGGCGGAGCUGGAGGAGGCGUUCCUGGCCCUGACGCGCCGCUGCCGCUCCGUCAUCUGCUGUCGCUCCACGCCACUGCAGAAGAGCCAGGUGGUGCGGCUCAUACGCGACACCCUGGCCGUCAUGACCCUCGCCAUCGGUGAUGGUGCAAAUGAUGUCAGUAUGAUCCAGGUGGCCGAUGUGGGUAUUGGCAUCUCGGGACAGGAGGGCAUGCAGGCGGUGAUGUCCAGUGAUUUCGCCAUCUCCAGGUUUAAGCACUUGAGGAAGUUGCUCCUGGUCCAUGGACACUGGUGUUACACCAGGCUGGCCAACAUGAUCCUCUACUUCUUCUACAAGAAUGUGAUGUACGUGAACCUGUUGUUCUGGUACCAGUUCUUCUGCGGGUUCUCGGGGAGCGUGAUGACCAACUCCUGGGUCCUCAUCUUCUUCAACCUGCUCUUCACCUCCGCCCCUCCGCUCCUCUACGGCAUCCUGGACAAGGAUGUCUCCCCGGAAACACUCCUCAGCAUUCCGCAGAUCUACAAGUCGGGGCAGGAUUCCCAGGCCUAUCUGCCGUCCACCUUCUGGCUCUCCAUGUUGGAUGCCUUCUACCAGAGCCUGGUCUGCUUCUUCAUCCCUUAUUUUGCCUACGCGGGCUCUGACAUCAGCGUGUUCUCCUUGGGCUCGCCCAUCAACAGCGCAGCCCUGCUCAUCAUCCUGCUGCACCAGGUCAUCGAGAGCCGCACACUGACGUGGCUUCAUGGUCUGGUGCUGUUGGGCAGUGCGGUGUUCUACUAUGCCUUCGGCCUGGUGUUCAGCGUGGUGUGUGUCACGUGUAACUCCCCCACCAACCCGCUGGGCAUCGAGACCCGCUUCAUGUCCGAGCCGCUCUACUACUGUGUGUGUGCACUCACAACAGUGCUGGCCCUCUUGCCCAGAAUGCUGGUGCGUGCCCUCUGCAACACCAUCCGUCCGUCGGACACGGUGAGGGCGGGGCUUAUGGACCGGCUCCACCCCUUGGAGUACAACGCUGGUGUCAGCCAGUGGCAGGACCGCCUGCGCCAUCGCUCGGCCUCCAAGCUUCAAACCAGUCCCACAGUACCAUUGCGCCGGCCUCCCAACCUCAGCAUCAACGCAGACCCUCCCAGCCCGGGCCCCAGCCUCAGCCCUAAGCUCCACCACCGUCACCCUCACCCCACGCACGACUACCCACAGCCCAGCUCUGUGCUCACUUGAUCAGGGGAGUGGUGCUGCUGAUGGUGAUGGGGCAUGAUACCAGACACCAACCCCAACAUAAACAAGGGGCCGUGACUGUCCAACAAAUGGUUCCAAGGGCUCGGAGGUCUCUGAGCCAGAGAAACAGUGCAGCUAUUGUCCUGUGAGAAGGAGCCGACAGCACGGGCGGUCUGCCAGAUCAGCUGGGUUUCAAGGAGAUGGUACUAGGCUGUGAUGAUGUCAAGGGAGAGAGAGAGAGAGAACAUUCUGCACUCAUUGACUCUUGCAUUGCAUGCCUUAGUGUACUUGUAGGCCUUUUGAAGAAGCCUUUGGAGAAGUGCAUCCAACGAAGAAGUGAAAAAAGCAAGUGUUCCUUACUACUGUACGUGGGUUUAGAGGGGAGAAUGCUGUAAAUGAUCCCUCUAAUGCCUUGUGACCUGACAUUUGGAGCCAUAGGACUAGGUGGUGGUACGCCUGUGAAUUUAAAUUAUUAUUAUUAUUUUUAAGUUUUAUUGGCCUUGAUUAAGUUAAUUGAAGAUGUAUGAGUGAGAGUUAGUUGGGGAAAUGAAGGAGAAUGACCAAACUCUUUACUGAGGGAUUGGACAAUGUUGGCUUUGAAGUUAACAACUGUUAGACAGUUUAACAUCCAAAAAAACAAAAAAAUCCAAACCCUACUACGGUCAUGCUCUGGUUACAUUUGUUGUUGAAGGUGUUUGAGUGUCGUUGUGUUUGUAUUUUGUACAUCUAGUUUUUUAUAAUGCUGUGCAAUUAAUGCCUGUGCAAUUAAAAUGUUUACAGUGCCACCUAGUGGUAUAUGUGGUGAAGAUGACUCCGAGAGUGGAUUCCAAUAUUCUGACUCCCGUCCUCCCUUGCUCACUUGCCUCCUGACCUUGUGGCCUUGUGAUGACUUCACUGACAACAUAUUUGUAUUUCAAUAUCUUGCAAAAGCUCAAUUCUAAUGUAAUUUGCUCAAUUCCAAACAAGAUUUUGAAUGAAGAGUAGUCCCCCAAAAGUUAUUGUGACUAGGCUGACAGCAGGGAAACUUAAUUGUUUUCUCCACGGAAGCAAAACGUGAGGCCACAAGCACCAAAAUGAGGACGGGAGUCCGCAUAUUGGAAUGCACUCCUUGUAUCAACCCAAAUGCUGUACUUCCCUUCCACCAUCUACUACUGCAUGUAUGUACCAACCAAGCCAGUCAACCAAAACAAAUACAGCUGUCGAAUCCAAUAAACUUUUAAUAUCGGUUAA